AUGGGACAGUCAACUUCAAGCACCAACGGGGAGAAGAGAAAGCGCUCCUGUGAAUCCAACAACAAAAAUGAUGAGAUACAGGAGACACCAAACAGGGACUUAGCCCCUGAACCGAGUUUGAAAAAGAUGAAAACAUCAGAAUAUUCAACAGUAUUAGUGUUUUCCUACAGGAAGGUUACGAAAAUAAAUUCAAAUCAACUGGAGAAUGAUCAGUCCCGAGAGAACUCCAUCAAUCCAGUCCAAGAGGAGGAGGACGAAGGCCUAGAAUCAUCUGAAGGAUCUUCAGAGGAGGAUGAAGACCUAGACUCAUCUGAAGGAUCUUCAGAGGAGGAUGAAGACCUAGGUUUAUCUGAAGGAUCUGAACAAGAGGACGAAGACCUAGACUUAUCUGAAAGAUCUUCCGAUGAGGAUGAAGACCUAGACUCAGCUGAAGGAUCUUCAGAGGAGGAUGAAGACCUAGACUUACCUGAAGGAUUUUCACAAGAGUAUGAAGACCUAGACUUAUCUGAAGGAUCGUCACAGGAGGGUGAGGAGGACUAG